UCCGAGGUCAAGAUCUUAUCUGAACACACUUUGUCUUUGAAGCAGGAUCCACAUCUACAGGUGAACAUCACUAUGCUCCGCUGCGUCUCAUCUGAUCUGGCAGUGCUGCUGUUGCCUAUGCUUCUGGUGGGGUUGCUAAUGCCUAUUGGCUGGAGUUUCCCAGCCCUGACUCCUGGCUGCCACCUUUACCCAAUCAACGUGACCAUACGGACGGACAAGCGAGGGACCUGUCGAGGAACUCAGCUGGUGUACGCGUGCGUGGGCUACUGUGAGUCCAGCGCGUUCCCCUCGCGCUACUCUGUGCUGCUGGCCUCCAACUUCACCCGCAACAUGACGUCUGCUUCCCGCUGCUGCACCAUUAGCAAGGAUGCCAAGAUCAAAGUUCGUCUGCACUGUCCUCAAGGCCGUCAUCAUGAUGAUAUCGAGAUCUUGACUGCGCGUGCCUGUCGGUGCAACAUGUGCCACAAAUCCCGUUACUGAGAACCCACGUAAAAGAACGCGUCACUCAUGCUGUACUAGACAACU